AUGGUAUUUGGAAUGGAGUUCUCGAAGAAUAGAAGUGCUUACAAGAUAAAAAUAGGAAAGUCAAAUACCUCAACGCCUGAGAUAUUAAAGAUGCUGAAUAUAGAAGAUCACUUGCUUCCAUGUGAGGGAAAAGUGCUGAAAAGGAAGUACUCGCAUCUUAAUUUGGAAUUUGCAAUUUGGAAGAUCAACAGAAAAUUUGAUGAGAUGCUGUCAACGAUGGCCAAAAUGGAGGGACUGGAAGAAGGAGAGGUUGUAGGAAUGGAAUAUUCAAUGAACAAGGAAAAGGUACUGAGAAGAUUGAUGAUACAUGGACUCCAUGUUAGGAUGGUACACACGAAUUUAAAAAAGUUGACCAAACAGGUGUAUCUGUGUAAGCAGUUCCUUGUAGAACUCUCGAGCGAGGUGCGAUAUUUCAAGGAGAUGGAUGUGUUCCAAGCGUGUUGCAACUAUCUUGUCACCAUUCCAAGAGAAAUCGGGUUUCUUGCAAACCUAAAGGUGCUGGUUCUAUCCAGGAACAGAAUAUCCAGGUUGCCAGAGGAAAUUGGAAUGUUGAAGGAGCUCAGGGAAUUGAAUCUCUCACAAAACAGACUUAGGAGUCUGCCCAAAUCCAUUACAUCCCUAAAAAGCUUGAGUAUCUCCAGUUGGACGAAAACAAAUUCAAAAGAUUACCACAAUUUCUCGGGAAAUUGA